AUGUUCUUUGAUGAAGGUGUAAAUGCAAAAAGUGUCGGGAUUGGAGCAAUUUUGAUAUCGCCCACUGGUCAGCACUAUCCAGCCACAGCUCGGCUUCGGUUCUUCUGUACGAACAAUACUGUAGAGUAUGAAGCUUGCAUCAUGGGUAUGAACAUGGCAGUUGAUCUGGAUGUUAAGGAAUUGUUAAUCAUGGGAGAUUCUGAUUUGAUUAUCCGGCAAGCUCAAGGCGAGUGGGAAACUCGAGAUAUAAAACUCAUCCCGUACAGGCAACAUGUGGAAGAUCUUAGCAAACGGUUCAAGUCCUUUGAAUUCAAGUAUAUUCCUCGAUUCCACAACGAGUUAGCUGAUGCAUUAGCUACUUUGGCCUUAAUGUUGUCGUGUCGGGGCAAUGUCCAUAUUGACCCGUUAGAAAUCCAAAUUCGAGAAAGGCAUGGUUAUUGUAAUGCAAUUGAAAUAGAACCAGAUGUUCAGCCAUGGCUAGUAGAGACCAAAAGAGAACCAUUAGAAGGCUUGCCAGCAGUUUUUUUUAGCGGAGAAGUCUUGUACAAAAGAACUCCAGAUCUGAAUCUUCUAAGGUUAUUACUGGAUGAUCAUGGAAAAUGA